AUGUCCAACUCCCGUGGCCUCCCCGAUGUCUUGAUGACAAGAGUUGACGAGUACGUCGACUCGCUCGCUCCACAGAUCCAACCGCGCAUCGCGUCGGAGAUCGAUACCUUCCAGACGAGAACCAUCGACAGCCUCGAGGAUCAAGUCGUUGACGCCUUUCGUUCACUCUUCAACAAGGAUAAGGCCUCCGGUGAUGGCUCGAGAGGGCUGAAUGAUACACCACCAGACGCCUACGGCAUCCAGUCCCUGCCCUUCGCCGACGAGAUUGGCAAGCUCACCCGCAGCUUCAGCGUCAUCACGGACGAAGCUGGCGAUGACCUCCGGGACAUUUUCAACCUCACCGACGAGGCCAGGGGAGGAGGUGGCGGCGGCGGCGGCCCCGAGACACAGUCCCGAAGCAUCAGCUACAGCGACUCCUUCAGCGGGGCCAAGGGUUUUCUCUCCUCCGCCAUCAACGUCGUCCAGGACCACCUGGACAAGAACAAAAGCUCAGGUGGCGGUGGCCAGGGCUUCGAGCUCGACGGCCUCCUCGGCGUGCUCAGCAACACCGUCAAGGACGCCGCGCGGAACCCCGAGGAGAAGGCCCGCCUCAUCAGCCCCGAGAUCAAGGAGAAGGUUGGCAUAAAGCUGCGGGAACAGCACGCGCGGAUCGCGGAGCAGUUUACAAAGAUUGCAUUGGAGCACAUCAAGCGCUGGCUGCGCGACAACACGAGCACGCGGGACCUCGGCGACGGCGUCAAAGGCGAGAUUGAGGACCAGGUAAAGGACCUGGUCAAGGGGCUCGGGGGCCUCUUUGGGAACAAGAAGAGUUCGCAUGGAGGUAGCCGCGCCAUCGGUGACCGCGAUGGCGAAGGGGAGAGCGAGAGGGGCGGCUUCUCCAAGGUUAUUAGCGACAAGCUAAGCACGGGUCUCGCCAAGGUCCACAGGGAGGUCCGCCUAGAGUUCCGCAAGAUCCUGGGUGCCAUUGAGAAGCAGCUCUUCGAGCUGUUGCCGGACGCCUUCCAGCGGCCUCUGGAGAAGAUCCUGGGCGGGAACCCCUUUGACGCCCAGCUCGAUCGCGACGCCGGCGGGCACGCGGACCGCGGGUUCGGAGACGACAUCAAGGUCAAGCUGGUGAACAAGAUCCGGGCCCUGGCUCGCAAGGUGCAGGAGACGCUGCGCGAGAGCAUCCUGGGCGUCGUCAAUGGUGGCCACCGCAAGUUUGAGCGCGAGAGCUGGGUGUUUGUGCAAAACAUUGUCGAGCAAAAGGUGCAAAAGUACCUUCCCAAGGUCAAAAUCAACGUGCCGGAUGACAUUGGCAACGAGAACGUCAGUGUCGGUGCUCCGACGGCGGGAUCUCAGCUUGGUGGUGAGGAUCAUUCGGGCCAGGCUCCGGGGGGCACCUACGCACCGCCCCCGUCGCAGCAGUAUGGUGGACAGGGUGCGCAUCAGCAGUCGUAUAACCCUCCUCCGAGCCAGGAGUACCGACCUGAGCAACAUUACCAGCAGCAGGGGCAGCAGCAAUCACAUCAAGAGUACCGUCCCGAUCAGAACCAGCCACCUUCAUCGUAUCAGCAAUAUCACUCUGAUCAGUACCAGGGUCAGGGGCAGAACCAGAGCUACGGCCAGAACCAGGGUCAGAACUAUGGAGGAAAUCAGGGUUAUGGGGGAAAUCAAGACCACGGAGGAAGCCAAGGCUACAGCGGAAACCAGAGUUAUGAACAAAACCAGGGAUACGGCGAAAACCCGCGGUACUAG